GUUACCGGCGUUUGUCGUGGUCGUCGUGUUCUUUGAUUUUGUUUUCUCAAAGAAAUAAUAGAAUCUACACACAAUAAUAUUAUUAAUACAAUACAUAUAGUAAACAGCCGUUUAAAUAUUAUUGUAAUUAUUGUUAUUAUUAUAGUUGUCGCCGCCGCCGCCGCCGCCGUUUCGGUUCGUUGAUAGUAAAAUUUUGUAUUUUGUGUUAAUUUCGACCGAGCCAAGCGUGUAUCUUACCGACAGUGUAUUUCCCCCCAAAAAUGGGCAACGGGUUGGGAAAACCCGGUGGUAAGCCCACCACGUCUUGCGGGGUCGAUGGAUUUUACCGAAAGAUUCUGUCCAGUUACACCAAACAGUGUACCAACAGCUCGGAUAAACGACCGAAGCCCGUAAAAAAAGGAAUCAAACAUAAGAAGAAGACGAAGCCGACCAUCAGUUAUCCGGUUCCGGCGGAUCCGGACAGGUUGGAGGGAGACAAGUGGAGGUACGUGAUCCUGACCCGGUUGGACACGGACAAACCUACCCGACCGCCGAGACGACAGCGAUGUCGCCGGGCCGACAGCGUCAGGUCGUCGACGCGCAGCAGAAGAUCUUCCGGCAGGCGGAGAAGAUACCAGCAGCUGCAGCAGCAGUUACAGCAACAACAGCAAUCCAGAAUCUUAGUUGGACCCCAAGACGACCGUGAUCGUCUUGACCCUGGCCGUAGUUGGUUUUGCUGCGACCAGUGGAUGGACGUGGUGUUCAACAAAGGUCAGCCGGGCAGACUGGCGCUGACGUGGACCCACAGUGCCGCCGGUGGCGAGGUUAAACCACCGUACAAACGGCAAAAACCCAACCGGCGGAAGCGCACCGCCACUUAUGUGAAAAUGUGGCUGAGAAUCCAACAGAGGCAGCGACUGCCCGAAGCGGCCAAGAACGGUUUGCUAAGAUCUCUGGACAGGAUCAACGCGAUGGCCGACAACAUGUGACUGACUCGCAGCACCUCCCCCAAUUGUACCAUAGUAUACUAUAGUGUUAUAAUUCAAAAAGAAGCUGCAAAUCCAGCACAGCGUAGAGCUGUCAGGACAGUUGAGAAAAAGCUUUCAAACUAGAGUUGUCAAUCUAGUUGGUAAAAAUGGAGUUAUCAAUCCAGCUGGAAUAAGAGCUACUAACCUUGCUUGAACGAAAAUAUGGGACACCUCAAGUUUACCGGAUGACAUUCCCAAAAACACAGAGAUUUUGUGUCUUUAUUAGGAAUAAUACGGAAGACUGUUCCGAGUGGAUUUCCGGUUUAAUGUGACUUAACGACGGAUAUAGGGCGCAAACUUAUAGGAUCAGCGUUUAUAUUAUUAUUACUGCAUUUUUUCAACCCUUUAACAUAUUUCAGCGUACAUAGCUUUCGUAUGAACACAGACCACGGUAAAUCUGCGAAAUGUAAUUAUCAAACAGCGAUACGACGCGUUAAUAAUUGAAGAGAGAUAUACCACGUGCCUCUUUGGGGAAUUUGCUCUUCUUAAACUUUCAACAAAUGCACAAAACUUUUCGCUCGAGUCUCGUGUGUCGACGGUAAUAAUUAUUAACGAAAUAAUUAUAACAAAAAAAAAAAAAAAUACCCGCCGCCUUUAAAAACCUAAUUAUCAGCGGCGGAGUAAUAUUUCCAACACCAAGCCGGCGUUCAUCGCGUUCAUUUGAUUGUCCCAAGAUAAUCAGAUCCAACCGAGGACUUUGGCACAGUGAUGACAACAAUGAAUUCUAGACAAUUUUCCAGAUUUAUUGAAAAUUUGGCAACAACAAAGACUGUAAAAAAAGCUAUAUUCUGAUCUGAACUUUCCACGCCAGAUCUAACCGUGUGUGCAAAUGCGGGUUUCCAAAGCUUCGGACCCGCAGGUAUAAUAACAAUAAAGCUCGAAGCAAAAUACAAUCGGUGUUAGGUUUAUCCGGCAAUAAUAAUAAUAAUAAUAAUAAUAAUAAUAGUAGGUAAAGGGCGAGAAGAGGGAAAACGCAGAUAUAAAGGCUCGGGAAUAAAUGUCUGUGCGUGUGUGUCUCUCCGUGUCAUCGCGGGCGUGCUUAGUUUUUAUGACUUCCGUCAAGUCGUCCGCGUGUAAGUAAGUAAGCAACCAAGCAUACCGAGCUUCUUGCCGGUAUGUAAUGUAUUAACAUUGCCCGCCCCUUAGGUCGUUGCCGUCAAAGGCUUUGGAUGUGAGAAAAAGAUAGAAUAAAAAAUAACGUUGGAAAUCCCAACGGUUAUCUUUUUGUCGAUACGAUAUAGGUAGCAGUUUUUUUCGGUUACACCUCUGCAAUUUAUUUUUUAAAUUUAACGAAACACUAACCUAACC